CUCUUUGACAAUCAUGCAUAUUUCACAGUACGUAUGAUUUAAUAUCAUACUCGCGGCGGGAAGGCAGCAAUUUACAUGUUUAAGCACAACUUGUUUAUUCAUAUUCCACCUACCUUUUGUUUUCGUUGCAUAAAUGUUGUUUACUGCUGGGGUUUUCAAAUUUCCCAGCAUUGUUAUUGCCGCAUCUUCUUCUUCUUGUUCACUAUUCCGCAACAAAUCGUCGAUCCCAUCUUCUUCCACGACGUUUAGCAACAUUACUACUACUACUAGUAGCGACGAUGACCGUACAGCUACUCAUACUGCCCUCUUUAGCAGUGGUGCCAGUAUCAAAUCGACAACAAGCACAGUCUCGUCAACAGAAGAAGAAGAAGCCAUGACAGAACUAAAGCAACGAUCCACUGUACAGCUUAUCUUUAUUAUGGCGAGUCUAUUCUUGAGCCUACUUCUUGUCUCUCUAGAUCAAAGCAUAGUUGCAACGGCAUUGCCAGUAAUAGCUUCCACUUUCAAUUCGCUUGAACAGGUGGAAUGGGUUGGGACGGCAUACAUUGUACCAAUGACUGCAUUACAACCCAUAUAUGGCAAGUUGGCCGACAUCUUUGGACGCAAAUACACGAUCGUUUCAUCAAUCAUUGUAUUUUUAAUUGGCAGUGGGUUCGCGGGAUCCGCUCCGAACAUGGUCGUGUUAUGUGUUAUGAGAGGCGUCCAAGGAACCGGUGCGGCUGGAAUCGCACCCCUUGUCAUGAUUACUAUAGGAGACUUGGUCCCACUUCGAGAACGCGCCAAGUACCAGGGACUAGUAGGGUUAUGCUGGGCCACGGGAUCGAUUGCUGGACCUUUACUUGGAGGCCUAUUAUCAGAAAAGACUAGCUGGCGUUGGAUCUUUUACAUCAAUCUACCCAUCGGUGCACUCGCGCUCGCCAUCCUUGUUCUAUGUCUACCGGCCACAACACGCCAUCAAGAAGAUGGACUAGGCCAAGACCUCGAGCAAAGCUGGCGAGAAAAAUGGCUACGAGUAGAUUUUGUUGGUGCGACGCUAUUUAUUGCCACGGUAUCUUGCUUCUUGCUUGCAACACAAUGGGGAGGCACCCGCUACCCAUGGUCAAGCCCUAUUAUCCUUGCGUUAUACAGCGCAUGUGUUUUGUUGGCUAUUCUUACUGUUUUGCUUUCUUGGCUUCAAGUGAGUAGUCGAGAGCCGAUCUUGUCAUUGCAUUUGUUUCGAGUGCGAGACCAAGUCGUGACCUAUAUCAUGGCAUUGACAUUUUGCAUGGCCAUGUUUAUGAAUGUCUACUAUCUGCCCUUGUAUUUUCAAGUGGCACACGGUGACACACCGCUCGUGGCCGGUAUUGAGCUUUUGCCGUACCUCGUGCCAGUCGAUCUCGUCAGCAUUGUCUCUGGUUAUUGGGUGGCCAAAACGGGCUGCUAUCGUAUGAUGUUUUGGGUCGGAAAUGCUUUGGUCGCCCUAGGGGGUGGAUUGCAGUCUCGUUUGGCUGCUGAUAGCGGCCAUGUCGAGCAAGUUUUGUUUUUGGUGGUUACUGGUGCUGGCAUUGGGUUCUGUAUUCAAAACGUUUAUGUUGCUGCGCAGGCCAACGCAGCACACAGUGACUUGGCAGCAGCAAUAUCACUCAUCUCCUUUUUCGGGCAUUUUGGCUUUACAUGUGGCAUUGCAACGGGUUCUGCCAUAUUCAAAAACAUGCUCGUGCAUUAUCUGCGCUCAACGAUGGAUUUAACAGAGCAGCAGAUCCGGCAGGCACAGCAGACGCCAGCAUUCUUGGAUACACUAGAGCCGGGUUUACACCACGUAGCAUCACAAGCAUAUGCAAUGGCAUUGGAUUGGGUCUUUGUUGGUGUAGCCAUCUGUGGAUGUGUGGGGUUUCUGGCUUCCUUGUGCUUGACAGCCAAGAAUAUCUUGGGCGACGAUCAGCAACAACGACAAGAAGGAGUAGAUCGCUGAUGACCACAUAGAAAUCACUACUACUACUGUUAUUAUUAUUAGAGCCUGGGAAAGGUUACUCAGCAGAAUUGAUCUGGAAUUGACAGCUUUCUGCGUGUUUUGGGGGAUCCGGUUGUUGUUGGGUUAUUUUUUUUUUUCUUC